AGUACGCAUGCUUAGUGCGGCAUCACGCACGCGCUCUCUCCCUUGACCUCUGACCCGCCGGCCGCCCUUGAGCUGGGGGCCGCGGGGCCAGGAAGCAGCAACUCACGACCCCGGGGCAGAGCGGCCACCAUGGCCAAAUACCUGGCCCAGAUCAUUGUGAUGGGGGUGCAGGUGGUGGGCAGGGCCUUUGCCCGAGCCCUGCGGCAGGAGUUUGCAGCCAGCCGGGCAGCAGCUGACGCUCGGGGACGUGCUGGACACCAGUCUGCAGCUGCCUCCAACCUGUCCGGCCUCAGCCUCCAGGAGGCACAGCAGAUUCUCAAUGUCUCCAAGCUGAGCCCCGAGGAGAUCCAGAAGAACUACGAACACCUAUUCAAGGUGAACGACAAAUCCGUGGGUGGCUCCUUCUACCUGCAGUCCAAGGUGGUCCGAGCCAGGGAGCGCCUGCAGGAGGAGCUCAGAAUCCAGGCCCAGGAGGACAGAGAGAAGGAGCGGAUGCCCAAAACGUGACCACUUAGCCCCUCCUGCACCCUGCCCACCACCUCUAAUUUAUAGCUCGGUAAUAAAUGUCUUUUCCGCA